AUGGAAUACAGAAUAUUCUACAUUAUUGCGACUAUAUUAGUAUUUUGUCCCUUUUUCACUGCAUCAGCAUGGUCAGUCAACAACUUUCUAAUGACAGGACCGAAGGCAUACUUGACAUAUUCCACAAGUGUGGCAGUUGGAGCUCAGAGUGGUAUUGAGGAAUGUAAAUAUCAGUUUGCAUGGGAAAGAUGGAACUGUCCAGAAAGUGCGCUUCAGCUGGCAACCCACAACGGACUCAGAUCUGCAACAAGAGAAACAUCUUUUGUACAUGCUAUCAGCUCAGCAGGCGUAAUGUACACUUUGACUAGAAACUGCAGCAUGGGGGAUUUUGAUAACUGCGGAUGUGAUGAUUCCAGAAAUGGAAGGAUUGGUGGAAGAGGCUGGGUAUGGGGUGGAUGCAGCGAUAAUGUUGAUUUUGGAGAGAGGAUCUCAAAGCUGUUUGUGGAUGGCCUAGAGACAGGACAAGAUGCCCGGGCUUUAAUGAACUUACAUAACAAUGAAGCAGGAAGACUUGCAGUCAAAGCAACAAUGAAAAGGACCUGCAAGUGCCAUGGCGUAUCCGGAAGCUGUAGUGUGCAAACGUGUUGGUUGCAGCUUGCAGAAUUCCGGGACAUUGGGAACCACUUGAAAGUCAAACAUGACCAGGGUCUGAAACUAGAAAUGGACAAGAGGAAAAUUAGGUCUGGAAAUAGUGCAGAUAACAGAGGAGCAAUCGCUGAUGCUUUUGGCUCUGUUGCUAAAUCUGAGCUUAUAUUCCUGGAAGACUCUCCUGAUUAUUGUUUAAAAAAUGUCAGCUUGGGUCUUCAGGGAACAGAGGGACGGGAAUGCUUACAGAGUGGUAAAAAAUUUUGUCACAAUGGGAGAGGAGAAGCUGCAGAAGGCUUUGUACUGAAUGUGGCCUGA